AUGAAAGAGAAGGCAACAGAGAUUCGUCAAGAAGGUGUACAAAAAAUCGCCGCCAUGGAAGACUUACUCAGGAGACAGGAUCAUGCUUAUGGCACGAAUGUACCAAGAGGAUUGCCCGAGAAAAAACAGAUCCUGGCAUCAGAGAAACAUGACGAAGACGAAGACACUGACGGCGAGUAUGAAUUAUCCAGCGCGCACUCUGAAAGUGUUAGUUCUGAGUUGCCCAGUGAUGAUCAAAGUGCCGGUUCAGAGUCAGAAGCUCGCAGAAAGUCUCAUAAAGCAAAAUCACACAAGAAAAAGGGGAAUAAGAGAAAAGAGAGGCUGUUAAGGCAGGAAGUGGUGGCUAAUAGAAAGACUGUUGCAAGUGCUGGAAGUUUGGCGAGAAAGCGUAAGAACGAGAACAUUAAUGGUGAAAUAGAUGUCAAUGCCAGUGAACAGGUACCACAACAUAAGCGUGCGAAGGCCACUCAGUUGGCCAGUAAUUUAAAUCCAGACUGGCAGAAAACAGUUGGACUAUUAGUGAAGGGAUCAGCAAGCAGUAACUUGAAAUCACUUGACGCAGACGAAGUUGACACGAGCCUUAUUCCACAGGUGGAGCGAUCUCAGCCAUCUUUGCGAGCAUCAAGCCAUGCUGGCAGCCGUUCAACCCCAGACACUAGCAGUGACCUGGUAGUUGGAGAGUUUGAUUUGGACGAGCCCGAGGAGACGAUUGCCGCUGCACAAGAGCACAAGAGCACUAAGGUCAAAGAUGUGAAGACCUCAGCUAGAUAUCGCACAACUGCAGGAAUGGGCCUCAAGAUCAAUAAAAAGGGUGCCGACGACGCUGUGACGGAAGAAGUGAAAGCGGUGAAAAUGUUAAAGCCGCAAAAGCCGCUCCAGAAACUCAGGCUCGAAGACCUUCCUUUGCAGGACAAAAGUGAUCGUGAUGUUUGGAAUCGCUUGGUUUGUGCGGUGAUAGACUGGGCUGGUACCACCACUGACCCAUUUGGCACCAACGAGCAUCCUGAGUUGUCACCGAAAUUGCAAGAACUCUGGAAUGUUUUUUUUGAACAUAACACUGUGGACGUCAAUGAACACCCUGCUAUCAAAAAAAUAGCCCGCGUCAAAUUCGUUCGCGACCACUUGCCAUGCAAAGUCAAUAAUCAAAAACACGUACUGUUUAUUUAUGCGGACAUUGAGGCCUUUAAAGGCGCUUGGUUGUCACCCGAACUGCUGGAACUUGUCACUGGUCACAUCAAACACUGUGGGAAGGUGUUUGGUGUAUUUGGAAAGCCGAUUGGUGCUCUAGGGCUGGCUGCUGCUGCUUAUCAUUUUGCGCUGUCCCUAUACACCGAUGGUGAGUCUGCCAAGGAGGCAGCGAAGGAAGCGAAACGCCACGGCAACAGCGACAAUGCAGGUGGGAAAAACUCGAAAAAUAUUGACUUUGACGCAGCAUGGGGGUCUGUGACUAUGCGCUACGCAGAACAAGCCAGCGAUUUGCCUGCGAGCAAGUGGGAUUCCAUCGAGGAGGCAUUGUCGGAGUUGAUUGGGACAGAUACAAGGUCUGACGAUGGAGACUACUCUGAUGAUGACAUUAUGGAUAUCCGUGGCAUGGUCCUCCUCUCUGAUGGCGAGGAUGAUGGUCCUCAACCCACAGAAGACUUAGAUGGUUGUUAA